CAGCGGCAGAACCACAAAAACAAAAUAUCUCAGCUGAGAUUCAAACCCUCACCAACUGUUCCCGUGGUUCUAUAACCGUGGAACUCAUCUUCAGUAUAUGGUCAUAAAUUAAUCCCCACCUUGCUAAAACUGCACUCUACUACUACACACCACCAAAAAAUGCCGGAAGCAGUGGUGAUAGUAGUUGGGGCGGGCCCGUCCGGCCUCGCCAUGGCCGGCUGUCUCAGCCGGCUCGAAAUCCCAUACCUACUUCUCGAAAGAGAGGACUGCUAUGCUCCUCUUUGGAAGAAGUACUCCUACGACCGUCUCCACCUUCACCUUCAGAAGCAGGUCUGUGAGCUCCCCCACAUGUCAUUCCCGUCCUCUUAUCCCACGUAUGUACCCAAAAAACAGUUCAUUCAGUACUUGGAUGACUACGUUGCACAUUUCAAGAUCAGUCCCAUGUACCACAGAAAUGUCGAGUCUGCAAGUUAUGAUCAGGGUUCUGAGAGAUGGGUUGUGAAGACGAUAAACAAUGAUGAGGGCUGUCGUGGUGAGGAGGAGGAAUUUUUGGGAAGGUUUUUGGUGGUGGCUACUGGUGAAACAACAGAUCCAUAUGUGCCAGAGAUUGAAGGGUUGAGUAGUUUCAAUGGGGAGGUUCUUCACUCGACCCGAUUCAAAUCCGGGGCUGAGUUCAAGAACAAGAAUGUUUUGGUUGUCGGCUCUGGGAAUUCCGGCCUGGAAAUUGCUUUGGAUCUGGCAAACCAUGGUGCAAAGACUUCAAUCAUUGUUCGGAGCCCGUUUCAUUUUUUGUCAAGGAGGAUGAUGUACUGGGCCGUGGUUUUGGUGAGAUAUCUAUCGUUAAGCAAAGUGGAAUCUUUGAUGGUUUUGCUUAGCAAGCUGGUCUAUGGAGACAUGACCAAGUAUGGGAUAGCCAGGCCAAAAGAGGGCCCCUUCACUAUGAAGAUCAAGUACGGGAAGUACCCCGUCAUUGAUGUCGGCACCUGUAGUAAGAUCAAGUCCGGCGAGAUUCAGGUUUUACCCGCAGAAAUAGCUAGCAUAAGAGGAAACGAUGUGGAACUCAAAAAUGGGAAGUCAUACCAAUUCGAGUCCAUCGUUUUCUGCACCGGAUUCAAGAGAUCAACAUGUUCGUGGCUUAAGGGGGAUGAUUAUCUUUUGAAAGAAGAUGGGAUUCCAAGACAAAGUGUUCCAAACCAUUGGAAAGGACAGAAAGGUUUGUAUUGUGUUGGACUAGCAGGAAGAGGACUAUACGGAUCUGGUGUGGAGGCUCAAAACACAGCCAAUGAUAUCAAGUCGUCUCUGUAAUUUUCAAAACCAAGACCGUCAUAGCUACGUACCUUCAAUAUAUUUCUCUUCUUUUUCUAAUGUUCAGUGGGGGUAUGUAUAAAAAAUGUGAUGAAUGUUAAUUUCUACAAAAUCAAAGAAUGAAUAGCUUAUAACUA